AAUCAAUUUUCUGUCUUUAAUUUUCUUUUAACACGUCAGUGAAGAUAAUAGCCAUACAAAUCUUAAACAACAGAGAAAUAGAUGGAGGAGAAAAUAAGUUUCUUUCCCCACACUUAGCCCUGUGUCCUUUGACAGCCUUUUCAAUGCAUUUACAUGCACACAUAUACAAUUUUUGGGUGUUUUGACAAAAAUUGAUAAUGCUGUGUUUUUUGCAGCUGGCUUUUAAAAAAAUCUUGAAUUUCUUUCAAUGGCUAACUCUUUAGUUCAAAACACCUCGUGGUAAUAGAUACGCCAUUAACUGUUUCCCUUUGAUAGAUGUUCAUGUUGUUUCCAUUUCUUUUUCACUAUUCAAACAAUGCUGUAGUAAGCAUUAUUGUACCUACUUUUUUGUGCAUGUAAGGAUUUCUCUACAAUACUUAUUAGUGAAAUUGCUAAACUGAAGAUUACAUACAAUUAAUAUUUUGAUAACUGUUAAAUUUCCCUUCAAAAAUGCUGUGCCAAUUUACAUUCCUGCCAACAGUUUAUGAGAUUAUAGUAUUCCUCACGUCCUCGCCAGGGAUAAAUAUUGUAAUUCUUUUUGAAAUUUAAGAUACCAGUUUCCAAGGUAGAGUGGAAAAAUUAGAGGCAGGUUUUCAACAGUCAACAAAAUGACUUAGACUGCUGCUGUUGUAAUGAGGCAGACUUGAGUUCUUUAUCUCAGUUUUGCCACUGAACUAUAAGUUACGGUGUUGUGGUAGGUCUACAUUUGGGGCGCAAAAAUAUCGUAUUUAUGGAGAGAAUUCGGUAGGAUUUAUCAUUGUAACAGAACCGCGAUCUAAUAUCAGCCAUUAGAUAUUUCAUUAUGCUGCCGAUUUUAUCAGGAUUUGGGUUGAUCCCAUUUAGAGUUUAUUUAACAGGAUUAAAUUUUCCAAAAAGAUAAUUGGAAUAUAUGCUGAAAGUGAGGCAAAAUAUUUCAACAGGUGUCGUCUUGAAAAAUUGGAGAUAAAGAGUGUGAGGCACGAAAUCAUGCUGGGUAUUUUCAGCGUUUAGACUCUGGAGAGUUGAAAUCCACCGUGUCUAUGAUCAGAUCAUGAAUUCUCUGUAGGCCCCUCGUCUGGGAUUACCGGCUGGCAGAUACCUCUUUUCUGCCAGGUAACUACAGUUAGGAAGUGACUCUUGGAAGAAAAUCCAUCAAGAUUCAAUAUGGUCCUCAUCCUUCUAGUGCACUGCGGGCACCUGCCUAGAGUAAGAUGGCGCUUUUCUUUUCUUUUUGAUUUUUAUGAAGACGGGGUUUCACCAUGUUGGUCAGGCUGGUCUUGAACUCCCGACCUCAGGUGAUCCGCCAGCCUUGGCCUCCAAAGUGCUUGGAUUACAGGCGUGAGCCACCGCGCCUCUUUUUUUUUUUUUUUUUUAAGAGAGAGUCUCACUCAGUCACCAGGGGCCAGGCUGGAGUGCAGUGGCGCUACCUCGGCUCACUGCAACCUCCGCCUCCCGGGUUCAAGUAAUUCUCCUGCCUCAGCCUCCCGAGUAGCUGGGACUAAAGGCGCACGCCACCACGCCUAGCUAAUUUUUUUGUAUCUUUAGUAGAGAUGGGGUUUCACCAUGUUGGCCAGGAUGGCCUCGAUCUCUUGACCUCGUGAUCCGCCCGCCUCGGCCUCCCGAAGUGCUGGGAUUACAGGCGUGAAGAUGGCGCUUUUCUUAAGCCCCUCUCUGGGAGGGAGAUUUCCAUAACCAGAGUCAAGCACUGAGAGGCAUCUUUGCCAUUACCCAAGAUGGUCAGCCGUGCACCCUCACCGUUUCCAGGUUUCAAUAUGGCUCCCCGCGUCACCGAAAAGGUUAAUCUCGGAAACUAACUUGAACUCGCGCGGAAGUGACGCAAGCAGAAGUUCUCGCGCUUUGCGUCUCCGCCUCCCGCGUUCCGCCCCCGGUCUUACGUCUCGCCCCCGGCAGCGCGGACCGCGGAGCCAAGAUGGCGGCCGAGUUGGAAUACGAGUCUGUGCUGUGUGUGAAGCCGGACGUCAGCGUCUACCGGAUUCCUCCCCGGGCCUCCAACCGCGGUUACAGGGCAUCUGACUGGAAAUUAGACCAGCCUGAUUGGACUGGUCGCCUCCGAAUCACUUCAAAAGGGAAGAUUGCCUAUAUCAAACUCGAGGAUAAAGUUUCAGGAGAGCUCUUUGCCCAGGCACCAGUAGAACAGUAUCCUGGGAUUGCUGUGGAGACAGUGACAGAUUCCAGCCGCUACUUUGUAAUCCGGAUCCAGGAUGGAACUGGGCGCAGUGCUUUCAUUGGCAUUGGCUUCACAGAUCGGGGAGAUGCCUUCGACUUCAAUGUCUCCUUGCAGGAUCACUUCAAGUGGGUAAAGCAGGAAUCGGAGAUUUCCAAGGAAUCUCAAGAAAUGGAUGCUCGUCCUAAGUUGGAUCUGGGCUUCAAGGAAGGACAAACCAUCAAGUUGAGUAUCGGGAACAUUACAACCAAGAAAGGAGGUGCUUCUAAGCCCAGGACUGCAAAGGGUGGGGGCCUGAGCUUACUCCCACCCCCGCCAGGAGGCAAAGUCACUAUUCCCCCACCAUCCUCCUCAGUUGCCAUCAGCAAUCAUGUCACCCCACCACCCAUUCCAAAAUCUAACCAUGGAGGCAGUGAUGCAGAUAUCCUUUUAGAUUUGGAUUCUCCUGCUCCUGUCACGACGCCAGCACCAACUCCAAUUUCUGCAAGCAACGACUUGUGGGGAGACUUCAGCACUGCAUCUAGCUCUGUUCCAAACCAGGCACCACAGCCAUCCAACUGGGUCCAGUUCUGAAUGGCAUUGGCAGGACAUUAAGGACAGACUUGAGGAAUAAAAAUGACCUUGAGGGCACCAAUCUGUGAGGGAAGUUAGGAACCCAUUUCCUCCCCAGAACCAAAAUGAUUGGACAAUCUUUUUCAUAGCUUCAACAUUACAUUCAAGCUGGUUUAUGCCACUCCCCUAUGUUGUUACUUGUACAGCCAAGACAGUAUCUGUUAUCUCCUGCUUAGUACCAAUGUAGGGGACCAGUGGAUCUUAUCAUGGUUUUGGCUGACUAUGCAGGGCUCAAAAGACCUGUGUCUGUUUGAGCGGGGGUGACCUCUAGCAUCUGUAAAAUUUGUCUCAUCUUUUAAAUUCUUUAACUUAUUUCAAAAUCAUCUCAUGACCCUUGUGUGCCUCUUUGUGAAGCCCUAUUUAGCAAUUUCAGGGGAGUCAAAAACCUUGCAACUUCCUUCUCCACUAACCCAGGACUAAAAAUAGACAGGCUGACCUCAGUGUUUACAAAUUCAGAAUUUUGAUAGUGGUAGAUAUGGAGAAAGACCUAUUUCCUGGGUCUCUGCUGUGUAGCCUCCUCCAGGCUUAUCGUACUCAGUGAACAUCCAGUGCUGGGUGCAGCUCCAUCAUCCUCUUGUGUGUUUAUAUGUCUCUUUCUAUGAUAAGAGGGUUGUGUUGGUGGCACCUCCACUAUUCUUUUCUGUUUGUGGAAUUUGAAUUGUGCAACAUCUUUGACCAGUGGGUGUCUCUGUGAUGAAGGAGGUUCAAGAGGCUGUGCUUUCCAAGUGAUAUGCUAUAGGAGUGUUUAAUUUCUUGCAGCUUCAUCUAGUCGCUGCAUUUGAAGCAUGGCAUUAAUUUGUGUUUGCCCUGUUAUUUGAUCUAAAGUUGGAGGGUUUAGAGUUUUUAACCUGAUCUGUAGAGCAGAGAGGUCGAAAGCACUUAACUCUUAUUUAGUACCCACAUUGCCUUGCUGCCUGGGUAUCUGACCCCUUUCCAUAAACAUUUCUUUCAGUUCAUGUGGUUCUUUAAUAGAAAGCUGCUAUUAUGUGUAUUGUCAUUUGUGAAGGAAGUCGGAGAGUCACAGCUUUACUGUGACAGGUUUUGCUCAAGGCUUUGAUACCUGUCACCAGGGUAUCUUAAAAGCAAAUUGUUCUCCCACCACUUUCCUUUCCCUCUGCCCUGCCAUUCCUUUUACAAUGCUGUGAAAAAAGUUCUGCUUCUUAGAUGAAUGGGUACGUUCUAUUUUGUUUCUAAAUGAGCAAUUUUGAGGAUGAAAUGGGAAUAUAUAAUUGCGUUCCUUUUGCACCUAUCUGGAAAUGUACACUCUGGCAGAAGGGAGUCCUUAUGUUUCAAAAUAUAUUACUUUCCUGGAUUUCCUUCUGAACUUUUUCUGACUUUGGGUCCAUUUUCUUUUCAUUGCCUCCUUUUCUAGGCAGCUCUACUCUUGCAGAGCCAUGGCAGGACAUAUUAAAAUUCCAAUAGAAAACACUAAAAGGAAAGUCUGUUGAAUCACUAGUGACUAAAUACUGGGAACCUAUUUUCUCAAUCUUCCUCCAUGUUGUGUUCUUUGUAUUCUCAAGAUGAUAAUAUAUUAUGUAUUUGAAUUCCUGAAAAAUGGAAAAUGUUUAAGAUAUAUGUAUAUAAAGCAUAUGUUGUAUUGGUGCAAUAAUGGUAAUUAAAAAUAUGAAAAUGG